AUCAUAACCUCAAUGUUUUGGUUCAGGAUCAGCUGAGGCGCCGAGUCUGCUGGUGCGUCUGUCAUUGAGGCUUCUCCUCUGCCUGGCAGCCCAUCACGGAAACUUGUUACAUGUACCACCCACCGGGAUACGGCUGCCGCUCGGCAAUAUUACUCAUCAAGACGGAUUGUUACGACGUCUGGGGUCUCGGGGGGGAUUUAAUAGAUUGUUUUUUGGGGGCGUCCAGUGGGAGUCCCGACGUGUAGGGCCGCUAGCUUUUGAUCUGCUCUGUGUAUUUUAUGGGUGGCCGGUGCCUUUACUCUCAUGGUUGGCCAAGUGUGCAGCACAGCAUUGGUUUAGUUUUAUGAUGACAUUUAUAAUUUUCGAGAUAUUGUCUCCUAUUAGGUGUCCGCAGCAGAAAAUGGUUGACAAGGGCACACGGCUAAUUCUGUUGUCACAGAAAAAUCAAUGUAGCAUAACAGAAUAAAUAUACUGUAUCUGCAUGGAUAGAAGUAAUAUGUUAAUAUGGUGAUGUAGAGACGUAGCCAAGCUUUGUCCAGUACUAAUAAAGACAAAUUGUCUUGAGGAGCAGUACUGGGGCGUGGCAUCUGCAGGAUGUGGAUGUUCGGGGUUGGCUUCCUGGUCCACCUCAUAUUCUUUGCAUCAGUGUUUGACAUCUACUUUCGAACACCUUUGAGCCAUGGCAUGACUCCACAUUUACACCAACAGCAGCCAGCAGCACAGAGGCUUGUUCUUAUUGUUGCUGAUGGCCUCAGGGCUGAUGCAUUGUAUGACAAUGUAAACCACACCACCAGAGCUCCAUUUCUCAGAUCUAUCAUAGAAAAGAAAGGAACAUGGGGAGUUUCACACACACGAGUACCCACAGAAUCCAGGCCUGGCCAUGUUGCAAUUAUUGCUGGCUUUUAUGAAGAUCCAAGUGCCAUUGCUAAAGGAUGGAAAGAAAACCCAGUUGAGUUUGACUCGGUUUUCAAUGAAAGUCGCCAUACUUGGUGUUGGGGCAGCCCAGAUAUUCUUCCCAUGUUUGCUUCUGGUUCUGAAAGAGGUCAUAUUGAAACCUUUAUGUACAAGGCUGAAGAAGAAGAUUUUGCCAGCAGUGAUGCUUCAAAACUAGAUAAAUGGGUGUUUGAGCAUGUAAAAGACUUCUUCAAAGAAGCCAUAGAGGAUAAAAAGCUCACUGAACGUCUCCAAGAAGAUCGUAUUAUAUUCUUCCUUCAUCUCUUGGGACUUGACACAAAUGGACAUGCCCAUAAACCGCAUUCAGAGGAAUACCUGAAGAAUAUUGAAAUAGUUGAUGAAGGAGUUGAAAAAUUGGUUGAAUUGUUUGAAGAUUUCUUCAAGGACCAAAAGACUGCAUAUGUCUUCACUUCAGAUCAUGGCAUGACAGACUGGGGUUCUCAUGGAGCGGGUGACCCAAGUGAAACAGAAACUCCUUUUGUAGCUUGGGGCGCUGGAGUAGCCUUGCCAAAGGAUCCUUCAGAAUUUAAAGAUAAAAUGAUCUACGAUGCCAGGAUAGAAAAGUGGGGUCUCUCACAUGUACGCCGACAUGACCUUCACCAAGCUGACAUAGCUCCGCUGAUGGCAUCCAUCAUUGGCAUCCCUAUUCCAGUCAAUAGUGUUGGCAUACUACAUGUUGAGUAUCUUGGAGCAUCAGAUCAAUACAAGUCGGAAGCUCUCUUUGCCAAUGCUCGUCAAAUGCUUGCCCAAUACCAGCAAAAGAGAGCCCAAAAAGAGGAAGAAACAUUGCCUAUAUUCUAUUGGCCCUACACUGUCCUUACACUAGACAGGGAGCUCGAGUCUCUGGCUACAAUUCGUAAUCACUUGAAAAGUGCAAAUUAUGAAGAUGCGAACACAGAGAGCCUCCAUCUAAUCUCCAUGACACAACAUGGCAUGGACUACUAUCAUCACUAUGAUCGACUGGCUUUGUCUAUCCACAUUGCUUUGGGUUUUCUUGGCUGGAUAUUUCUCAUGAUAUGUCAUCUGUUGAGGGAUCAUAGUGCUGUCUUGAGAAUGGCUGGAGGGACCAUCGAGGGCCGACGGGUGUCACGCUCAUCUGUAUUAAUGGCUCUGGUGCUUGUGGUAUGGGGAAUAACAAAUCUCACCAAGCUCAUAGGGCAGCAACAUCCGUGGCAACAUUACCUGUAUUUAAUGACACCAGUUGGACUGUGGGGCCUCGUGCACCACAGUUGUGCCCCGCUGCGUGUUGCUUGGCUCCUCGUGUCUUCAUUCAAUAUGGUGUGGGAAGUGGCCAUUCGUAUACUCUUUAUCUUUCUUGGGAUUGAGAUUCUGGUGAUGGCAUUCUUCAUUCGUCCAAUGCUCUCCGUUGGACUGUUGUGCAUUGGUCUGUGGCCGGUCAUUAUGUACUCAAUGCAAGGGGCAGUGGAGAGAUCCAUGAGGCUUGUGUGGAUUGGCGCCUGCAUUCUUCUGGCAUCAUUUACAUAUAUGCCUGUUGUGGGCAAGGAACCUUACUACCCAAUGGUGGAAAUUGCUGGAUUAACUGCAUUUUCUUUGGGAGGCAUCGUCAUAUACUGGUGCAGUAGUGACGGCGGCCUUCCAAGACACAUCCCGUCUGUAGUGUAUAUCCAGGGCAUGAUGGUUGUAGGCUCGGUGUACUUGGUCCACUCCACUGCUUUUAGCAUCAGGCAAAAGGAAGGUUUGCCCUACAUCAACCAAGUAUCUGCAUGGGGCUUACUAGUUCUUUCAUUUAUACUGCCUCUCUUUGGCUCAAGAAAUGUCAUGGGUCGGCUCCUUUCUGUGACUGCAUCAUUUCUUUGUCCUUUCCUGCUGCUUUGCAUCAGACAUGAAGGCUUCUUCUACAUUGCCAUUACAAUUGCAAUGUUCCUCUGGCUACUUUUGGAAUUCUAUCUCGCUGGCAACAAUGUACAAAUUGCAAUGCUCAAGUUUGCAACGUGGAGUAGAGAGAAGAGCGAAGGUGGAGAGAGAGUACUGGAGUGGUCAGAUGUUCGACGUGCAUACUUCUUUCUGUUCUUCAUUGUGUUGGCGUUCUUUGGGACAGGAAACAUAGCUAGUGUCAAUAGCUUUGAUCCAAGCUUCGUCUACUGCUUCAUCACCAUUUUCUCUCCUUUUAUCAUGGGUGGUUUGCUGCUUUUCAAGAUCAUCAUCCCAUUUCUGCUAGUUACCUGUUUUUUUCAUGCUAUCUGCACACUUAUUGAGAUUCCUACCAGAGCACUAUUCUACAUGUUCCUGGUGAUGUCAGACUUUAUGGCCCUGCACUUCUUCUUUCUUAUUAGGACAGAAGGGUCAUGGCUGGAUAUUGGAACAUCACUCAGCCAUUAUGUUAUCUCCAUGGCAACAACACUCUUCCUCAUUCUCCUUCUCUUUAUAGCAAAGGUUCUUACUACUUUUAAUAUUACAAAGGCACCGAAAGAGGGUGAUUGUGUUCUGCCGAGAGUGUCGGUUAGUCGACCGCACCGGGACUAGCCAGUGGAAGUAUUCCUCGGGAAGUGUUAUUUGACCGAGCUCAAAACCAUUAGUUUUACGCCUCUAUUUUUUCUAGCUCCUGUAUCUCAUUAGUGUUUCUUAAUAUUUAUUGAACUAUUUAAUGUAUAGAAUGAAACAUUAACAAAUUUGUAAACAUUUUAACUUCUUUAAAAUAUAAUAUUGUAAAUCUUGAUCAAUGAAUCUCCUAUAUUUCCAGAGUUGUGUGACAGCUUUUACCUCAUCAUCAAUUAAUUAUUAAUGUAGUUGGAAAAGUGGCAGAAUUUGUGCCUACACAGUUACUAUAGUAAUUAAAUUAAUCUGGUAUC